UAUUUUAAAUACAUUUUUGUCAGUACUUGCAUACUUUAUAACACUUUGCUUGGUCUAAGAUUAUUCCAAUUUAUGUUGACAUUUGAAAUGAUUUCUACUUUGUCUUUCUGUGUUUGUAUGAAAGCUCAGAGGAAUCUUUAAUUCUCAAAGAGCUAUAGAUCAUAAUUAUUAUAUAUCUGGACUUGUAGAAGAAUGAAAUGUGCAGAAUGUAAGUUUCUAGUGAUGAAUACAGUACAGGAAAGUUUCUAAAGCUUUCUUAAUCCAAUGAACAAAUACAGAAAAGAAAGUCACAGAUUUGGUCUGUUAGGUUUUGGACACAAAAUAUAUGAAGGCUUUUUUUUUCUUUUUUUGUCUUGAGACUAAAAACAGCAAAAAACAUAUUUAAAAAAUCAUUAAAUUGAAAACAAAGCUCUUAUACCUGCUUAUUGCCGUCUUUUGCCAGUUGAAUUUAAUCACAAUAUGUUAGUUUCAUGUAAAAUAGAAGCUGUAAAUCAUCAGUUUUCAGCAAAUCUUCAAUGCCAAUAACCUCUCAGAUCCACAUGAAUCCAGAUUUCUCUGAACUCUCAGCUCUGCUCACUAAUAAACAAACCUUUAGCUGCUGAGGAAUGACAGCAAUGAGCAUCAGCCGUGAUUUGCUGGAGAUGUUUUGACCUCUGCGGCCGUGUGGUUCAAGACGAGACUCUUUGUAAUUAUAUUUGGGAAAAGGCUGGAAUGUGUCACAUUCAGGACAGACGUGUGGAUUCUGAACUAGCUGACUCUUCGAGGACUGUUUUUUUUCUCCCCUGGAAUGAGGAGAACGUUAUCUUUGUGGGUUUAAAUUGGAUUUAAACAGAAAUACAACACGGGCUAAUGUGCUGUUUAUACUAUUUAAGCCUGUCCUGCUUAUCUCCCCUUCUGUGUUUGUGUUUUUGCGGUCAGAAGAGCAGACCGUACGUCAUGGUGAUGGAGUUUAGAUAUAUGUUCGGGCUUCGGUCCCACUGGGCCAUAACAAACGCUCCAAAUGAUUUAAGAACUCUAACUGUAGGUAGUGAUGAGUUUAUGCAGACCGACGGGGUUUGAGUGAGCGAGAGACGGUGUCAGGUUUCUCAGAAAGCACUCCAGACUUGUGCAGAGUUUCCUCAGGGCAGCAGGAGGGAUUUUCUUUGUGUCGAGUCUGGAUUCAUCUGCAUGUGACCCUCCCUCUCGCCUCGGAUUGGCCGGCGCUACUCUAGCAUGUGGAAACCAACAUCCAAACUUCUCUCAGUCGGAGCCAAACUUCAGAGAGUGGAGGAGGAUGAACAGGGAGGCCAGCAGCUGUAUGAAAAUGUCAGUUUAACCAGUAAACAGGACAUUAUUAUUACUUCACGUCAUUAUGCUGCUGGCUCUGCUUCUGGUUCUGAGUCUUUGCUCGGAGGUUUUCUCCUCGGAGCUGUCAUCAAUAACUAUCCAGUACCGUGUUUGGGAGGAGCAGCCGGCGGGAACCCAGGUCGGCCGGCUGGUGGACGACCUCCGGCAGAGGGAUGAAGGCGGCCUGCUAGAGGAUUUCCAGGUGGUGGAGCAGGGAAAAGCCCUUCCUUUCUCCGUCACCACUCGAGACGGGGUCGUCUCCACCCAGGGUCGGGUGGACAGGGAGGAGUUGUGCCGCGGGUCGGACCUGUGCGAGGUGGCCUUCAGCGUCCUGUACAGGAAGAGCGGCGCCGUGAACUGCCUGCGGGUUCGUGUGGAGGUGAUGGACUUGAACGACCACGGUCCCAGCUUUCCCAGCGCUCUGCAAGAAGUGGAGAUCUCAGAGACUGCCAACCUCAGGAUGCGGAUCCCUUUGGAUCGGGCAGUGGAUCCGGAUGCCGGACCCAACGGCCUCCAGACCUACUCGCUGUCUGUCAACCAACACUUUGCUCUGGAUGUGACUGUCGGUCCAGGUGGGACAAAACAGGCGGAGCUGGUGGUUAUUAAAGAGCUAGACAGGGAGGUUCAGGACUCCUUUGACCUCACCCUGGUUGCUUGGGAUAAGGGGAACCCACCAAAAUCUGGGAGCACAUUAGUCCGGGUUAUUAUUCAGGACUCCAAUGAUAACAGCCCCACGUUUGAGGACAGCAGCCCCACUGUGGAACUACCUGAAGAUACAGCUAUUGGGACAACUAUUAUCAAGGUGAAAGCCACUGAUCCAGACCAGGGCGCCAAUGGGGAUGUGGAGUAUUCAUUCAGUAAACACACUCGUCCAGAUGUUCAGAAACUCUUUAAUGUGGAUCCUCAAACUGGAGCUGUGAGUCUCAGAGCACCUCUGGAUUACGAGGCUCAGUCUUCUUAUGAAGUGAUCAUACAGGCCAGUGAUCGUGGGCCCAACGCCAUCCCCUCUCACUGUAAACUGCACGUCAAGCUUAUCGAUGUUAACGACAACGCACCAAGGAUAUGCAUGACCUGGACACCAUCCCACUCACCUGUGGCAUCCGUGCUGGAAGGAGCAUCGGUGGACACUUUCCUUGCCCUGGUGAUGGUCUCUGAUGCAGAUUCAGGAGGAAAUGGACAAGUGGAUGCAGUCAUUAAGGAAGGGUCUGGCCCGUUCCGCCUUAAACAGAUCCACGGCGACAAUUACAUGAUCGUCACUGAUGGCCAUCUGGAUCGAGAGAAGAUCAUGCACUACAACAUCACGCUCCUCGCUCGGGAUAAAGGAGCUCCCUCACUGUCUUGUGUUGAACACCUGCCUGUCCACGUUUUGGACGAGAACGACAACUCCCCCAUCUUCUCAACCUCCGUCUACAAGGCCUCCUUCAAGGAGAACAAUGUGGCAGGCUACCAUGCUCUCAAAGUCGAGGCCCACGACGUUGACCAGGACCUCAGUGGAAGAGUGUCUUACUUCAUGAGCAACUCCAUUGAACAGGAGGCUAAAACCCAGUCUUUCUCAAUUCACCCCAAAACUGGAGUGAUUAGCGUGCAGGAACCUUUGGACUACGAGGAAUCUCACGAAUUCUCUUUCAUUGUGGAGGCUGUUGACCACGGACAUCCACCGCUGACAAGCACGGCCACUGUGCAGAUCAACAUUGAGGAUGUAAAUGACAACUACCCGGUCAUCAAAGAGCCAAAACCGAGAAAGGGCGUGGCUUACCUGAGCGUACCUGUCAACGCUUACAAAGGGGAGAUAGUGACCGAGCUGGGGAACGACAUAGACGAGGGAACCGCCACUUUACCAGUUGAUCACUCAGUCAGAGAGGGGUCCACUGGAUUCCUUGCAUCCACGAUAAAGGCUGAAGAUGAAGACUCGGGCCUAAACGGAGAACUCCAGUACUUCAUAACCAAUGGAAACCCGUACGGACUCUUCUCGCUGGAUCAGACUACAGGCCAGCUUUUUGUUAACACCACUAACGCUACUGAGCUCAUUGGGAAAACCUUUAAGGUGGACAUUUCUGUGUCUGACAUGGGCACUCCCAGCCUGGCCACAAAGGCGGCUCUGGAGGUGACAUUCAUCAACCUCAAAGACCAUCUGAAGAACUCGUCACCAGGAAACCGUGGCCAGCUCAGCUUCACCAUGAUGAUGGCGAUCUGUCUGGGUGCUACAUGCCUGCUUCUCCUGCUCGCCAUUGCUUUGGUGACGACGUUCUGCCGCCCAGAGAAACGGGACAACCGGGCCUACAACUGCAGACAGGCUGAGUCCAGCUACACCCGCCAUCCUCGGCGUCCUCAGAAGAACAUCAGAAAGUCUGACAUUCAACUAAUUCCCGUCAUCCGGGGGCGAAAGGAAGACCAUCCCGAGGACAAUGGCGAAGCCCAGCCACUGACUCCACCUUCAGUCUCAGAGGAUCUACAAACCGAGAGGCAGUACAACUUAAUGCCAUCAGUUCUGAACACGAGCUUCCAUUCCCAAGGCUACGUAGAAGAUGACGCAACUCCACCAGUCCCCCAUCACUGCAGAACACUCAGGAAACCUGGAAACAUCGAACUGGACGGUGCUUUGCCUCUGACACCAGCCACGUCAUACCGGACUCUUCGCAAAGCCAGAAACCCUUCAUCGUCUUCCUCGGCCUCUCAUUCGAGCACCUUGAAGCGGCAGCAUCACCGUGAAAGUAAAGAAGCAGAGCUGCCGAGGUCGCCAUCGCAGGCGACUCUCAGGAGGCCGAAGACCUCCGAUGGACGAGGAAACCACGACGCAGAACACCGGCAGAUGCUCCGAAACUUGGUUCGCCUGUCCAUGGCUGCGUUCGGAGACUCCAUCGAGCUUUCCUCAGCUUCCCCAGAGGUGCAGAUCUCCCAGCUCCUUUCUCUCCUCCACCAGGGUCAGCUGCAGCCGAGGCCCAACUUCAGAGGGAACAAAUACUCUCAUCGUACCGGCAGAUAUGGAGGUCAGGACGGUUCCGACUGGCAGAGCACCAAAGACAGUGGACAUGGGGAGAGCGAAGCCGGAGACAUGGACUGGGAACCUGGAAGAGACUCUCCCAUAGACCCUCAACUGGAGGAAGGGCUCAACAACCUGCUCAACAACCCCGAUGAUGUUUUCUCAGAGAUCAGUGAUCCUUCCUGGAUGGCCAGACUCUCCCUCCCACUCGCCGGCGAUUACCACGACAACGUGUUCGUCCCCAACGGCCCUCCGUCCCCUGAAAGUGAGCUCCUUCCCCGGGACGGCCUGGACUCCUCCUCCUCGUUCUCCACUUUUGGUAAAACUCCAGAGAAGGACGGCCCGCUGGGUGGAGCUCUGCUGUCGGAGGUCAGCACGCUGUUCGAGAUGCUGAUGACGCAGAAGGCCGAUGCCCACCCCGGCCCUCGGCCCGACGUCCUGUAUCGACUCUCGGCUGCGUACCGCCGCUCUCUGGGCCUGGACGGUGCUGCAAACACUACACCAAAGAACUCUGGGAACGCUGAGAAACCGUCGGGCCUGACUGCAUCCUCAGGACUUCACCAAUAAGUCCAACGUCUGCUCAGCGAACACUGGAAAAGACUGAGAGCAGAGUGUCUGUAGAUAAAAUAUAUGAUUUAACCUGUAAAUAAGAUGAGGACGAGUCAGUUUCUGUGGAGAGAUAAUGAGGAUGUGUCGCUUUGAGCAAUCCUGUGACAGGAAGACGACUGAGAGUCUGGCUUUUAGAUGGUGGAAUAACAAGCAGAAGGACAAAGAAAUAUGAUGCAACGAUAAACUGCAGCUGUCAAACUAAUUCCCUUACAACACUCUACUGUGUGCCAAACAGCUUCCCUUCUUCUCCACAGCUCGUAUCUGUGGUGCCCCAAUACACUGUUCUGUUCAACAAGUUGUUUCUCAAGACUAUCAUGACUCGACACAUUAAUGAGGAACACAGCAGAGUGAAAUACUCCAGAACUAGCCUGGAGGAACGAUAUAAAAGCGAGUUUCCCCUCAUCAAAGAUUAGGGAAAAAACAAAAGUUCAACUUUAUAAAUGAUAUUCUGUCACGACUGAAACAUUUUGAGCCACAAGGAGAGGCUGAUGAAGUUUAGCCCUCUGAGUUUUUAAAGUUUCAGAGCCAGAAGCUGCACACGGAAAGAAUAUUUACAUUUUCUAACUACCAGAUCCUGUCAGAAAAAUUAACCAAAUCUAAAUGUAAAAACUGUGAUAUUUCAUCAAAAUCACUUCAUUAUCUAAUUAACUCAUUAGAAAGUAUCCAUAAAUAAACCACUUAAAAGAGAUCCUGUAAAAAAAACAACAAAAAAUAGAAACUCUGACUGACCCACAAGGAGUUUUUCAGGUGAGCUGCAGGCUGAGAGAAAACUAAAACGUGCCCGAUCCAUGCAAUAAAUUCUACAAAAAGUGACACAAAAUGGCAAAAACUUUGACAAAACGACACAAACAAAACACAAAACAACCAAAUAGGAACCCAAAAAGGAGCAAAUGACACACAGAACACCACAAAAUGAGACAAAACGACACAAGUGAGACACAAAACAGCACCAUUGAUACACAAAAUUGCACAAAAAAAUCCACAAAACAACCAAACAAAUGAAACAAAACGACAGAAACAAAGCACAAAAUGACCAAAUAUGAACCCAAAAAAGAACAAGCAAGUGACAAAACACCACCAAUGAAACACAAAAUAACAGAAAAAACACAAAAAGACCAAAUAUGAACCCAAAGAGGAACAAAUGAGACACAAAACAUGACAAAAUGAGACAAGCAAGACAAAAACACAAGAAAAGUUGACAAGAACCUACUGGAUGAAUAAAUAAAUGCAGCAUGGCUCAGAAACAGUGAACAGAGCAGCAAGUUGAAGAUACAUCCAGCAUGGUGAAACAUCUUUUAAAUGUUAAUGUGAUGAGUGGUGUGAUAAUGACUGGUCUGCAGAGGCUGUGAAAUGGAGAAAUAUUGAGCAUACUGAGGGUUUUUCAGUGAAAAAUGGGUCACAGUGAGCAAGAAGGGACGAACAAAACGAUCCAUGUUUGAACCAGAAGCCUUCACUCCUGGUGUUUUACAAUCUGACCCUAAUGAGCUGCCAGGAUGUGAAGCAGAAAAACAAUGCAAGGAAACAGAUCACUCAGGAAAUAAACUACCUCUCUGACGCCAAACACGCCUAAAAACUAAAGACAGGAGGCAGGAGGGAAGAGGCAGCCUGCCCAGUUUCAGUCCAUAUGUGGGUCAGUCUUUGUCUAUGCCGCGUAUUUUCAUUGAUUUGUUCUCGAAGCUGCUUAGAAAUGAAGGUUUUUGCUUGUUACUUGAGUGUGAACUCCACCAUCGGACUAGUUUACAGCCACAGAGAUGCAUUAGAAGAGAUAGAUCCAGUCGAAAUGGUGCUACAGCAGAUAAAUCAGUAACUUCAGGUUUAAGAAGAAUGUAAAGGAGGUGAGUGCAAGUAAUUAAAGACAGAGAUGACUGCUGUUUUAUAUUUUUUUAGAUGACUUUAUUAAGUCGCUACAGUAGCAUGGAUGUUCAAACAAUAACACAACACAGAAUAUUAGGGUAUAAAGUGAUGGUAAAAUAAAACAAAUUUAUCAAUUAAAAUUUUAAAAAAUAAGUAGAUCAAAUUAUAAAAAAUAACAAUAUUAAAUUUAAUAAAAUAAAAGGAAAUUAAGUUAAAAUAUCUCAAAUCUAAUAUAGAAAAUAUCAACAGAUAUACAAGAGUGAUACAAUGAUAAUAAAUAAAUAAAUAGAUAGAUAAAUAAAUAAAUAAAUGAGAAUGUGCUUCUGAUAAUUUGUACAUUUCUGUAUACUCUUUAAAAAAAAUCUUGGCACUCUUGUAUAUUCUGUAGAUUUUUUUCUAUAUUUUAUAUUUUUUUAAAAUCUCAUUUCACUUUAUUUUUUGUUAUUUUUUAUUUUAUUUUAUUUUAUUUUUUUUACAGAUUGAGUUUCAUUAUAUUCACUCUAAAGACAUAAAUAUGGAGAAAUAACAAGCAACCAAAUUCAACAUGCAAAAUUUUACCUUUAAACCAUGAAUAUUUUCAGUAUUUCAGGAACCUCAUAGAGACACAUUGAAUACUAAAAAUAGAAUAUUAAAAGAAAUUGUUUCUGGAAGAUGAACCUGGUAUUAAAAUGUAGAUUAAAACCUUUCAUUUGCUGAUAUGACCAUAAAAAUGUGGCCUAAAAUGCUCUUUUUAAAAAAGUUUUCUCUGGUGAAUUAUCAGAAACCAGAUUUCUAUGACUCUGUGUCAACAAUAUUAUUAAACUGGUGCAGUUUUAGUGUUAAAAACGGUGAUAUAUUCCAUAACAUUGAUGCGCAAGAAUGGUUUUAGAGCAAAAACAUGCUGAAUAAAAAUGAGAUUUUGGUUUUAGAUUGUAACACCUGGCAGGAUGUAAAAUAGAUUUGGUGUUUUUACGUGUUCUUCAUGUUUCUAUCGCUUGUUCUUUGAAAUUUUGAGGGUUAAAAAAUGCUGAAAAAAGUAUUUAAAUUAAAAAGUGUGAUAUUCUAAUCCAGCUCUAUGUACUUCAAACCUGAAAAUAUUAUUAGCAUGAAGGUAAAACUGUACGGCUCCGUCAAAUAUGCUAAAAUUAUUGUGUGGAAGAAGGUUGAUUCAGACGGGUUCGGCUUAUUAUCUCACUACCUGGAACCAAAAUUGGAAGGGAGCAGAUCAACUGUGUUUUUUAAAUUCUAUUGUGAGCCGGCGACAAGGAGGAAAUGUUGUUUUGUCUUUUUGUUUUUCCCUCAGGAUUAAAGAACAACAAGCUGAUGGUGGAAAAGAAAAAAAGUUUCCUCCAAAGUUGUCUUAUCUGUAGCUGGUUUUUGUCUGUUCCAGCACUUUGUACAUAGUUAUUUUUAUGCAAAAACUCUUUUUUUUAUGAAUUUGACAGUAACUUUUGUAACUUUUUUCAAUAAAAUGUGCAUCAGGUUCA